AUGAAGUUUUACGUCGCCGCAAGCCUUGCAUUCCUUUCAGGAGCUUAUGCUGCUGACUCUGCGUCGACAACAAUCACUUGUAGCAGCUGCCCUUCGGCCGUCACGACCCCCGAUAUGGUUACUCGCUCAGACCCCCCCAAGGUCUCAUGCACUGGCAAGCCCUUGAUGGUUGUCACCAAUACUGAGGGUGGCUCUGGUGCUGCUAUGCCUACUGGCUCCGGCGCCGGGUCUGGACCUGCUUCUACCCCUGGCGCCCAGGUUCCUGUGUCUGGAGCUAGUGGCAACAAGAUUGGAGGCGCCGGUAUGGCUGUGGCCGCUGCUGUUGCUGCUGUUUAUAUGCUUUAG